AUGCCGCCUCCCAGCCCAAGGAGGCUCGGCCCGGCCCGGCCCAAGGAGAGCUUGGAAGCCGGUAGGAGGUGGAGGCAGCAGCCCGCUCCGUCUGCAAAAGUUUCUGGUAGGCCUGGAGCGCGGGAAGAGACGAAAAGAGGAGGAGGAGAAAGGCGGGCUGACGGUGCCAUGGCGAUCGGCCGGCGACCUACCCAGAGCGAAUCCCCUUCCGUCGUCGAGGAAGGAAGGAUCCUGCGCGAUCCAGGACUGCGGAGGAGGAGAACUGGGGAGCAUGUAGGGUCAGCUAGCCGCAGGGAAGCCGUCGGAGGAGGCGGAGCAAGCCGGACAUAG